AGGCGUGGCCUUAUCUCGCCACGCCCCCUCCGCGCGCCCCUCCUCGGCCGGGGGAGGCGUGUGGUGGGGCUCGGGUGGGCGAGACCAUUCGCGAUGGUCCGGCGGGGAGGGCGGGCUGUACCAUCCGCGGGAGGAGCCUCGGGUCCUCUUCGCGCGCCAGGGCGCCGCGGGGCCCGGCCACCCCGGGCUGCCCUCGGAGGCCGGGCCGCGCGGGCGUUUGGCGCCCAGGCCCCUACUCUGCGCAGCGCCCUCUUUGUGUACAGGCCCGCGGCAGCCCCCCGCUUUCUUCCCCGCGGAUGCGCACGUGCGUCCCGAGCGCGGCGGCUGUGCCCAGAGACCCGCCUGACCCCGAGCGCCCUUAGCCCUGGUCCGGGCUCCAGCCACUGCAGCACGCUCGCCUCUGGUCUCGCGCUCUGCCCUCAGGCACCUGUCCCCCGGUGAUCCACGCAAGGCCCAGUCUGUAGGUGAAGUGGCCUCCCUUAGAGCGACCCGGAAAGUGUGGUCGUAUUUCAAGGUGGACUUUCAAAGGCGGUGCUGCCUUGCGUCCGCGGGCCCCGCCGGUGGCCGUGCGCUCCAAGACGUGAAGGGAAGGGCAGGCCUUCCCUAGUGCAGAGGCACGGGGCUUGGCUGACUGUCCAUUUUUGCAGAAACCUUCCUCCUGUGUGGGAUCGCUGUCUGGAGAAGGGCUCCCGCGCUGCUCCGGGAAGAAGCAGACCCAGGACGGGAACACGUGGCUGAAAGGGCCAUCUCCAGAAAAGAGGAAGAGCUGCAGGUGCCGUCGGUGAUCCCCUCCAGAAUACCUCAAGAUGUGAUGCAGUAAUCUGAGGGCCACGGAGUAGUGACUCGGUCCUGUAUUUACGAGGCAUCCUUCUCCAAGGGAAGCAAGGUGCUCUAAGGACAGCUCAUGUGCGGUACACAGGGGCAGUUUAAAGCAAAUCCCAGAGAUCAUGCUAUUUCACUGCAGUAGGAUGCAAGUGUUAAUAAUUCCACUUUAUGGGAAAAUAGAAGCACUGAAAAGUAUCGCCCAGAAUGAUACACUGAGUCUGUGGGGGAAGCUCCAACGUUCCUGCGAGGAGGAUGACAGCAAACACCAUCUCCCGCCAAGACAUCCUGAGUGUCUGGGGUUUUCUGCUGAGCUUUGGAUGCCGCAGCGUCGAGGAAACUUUGCCAGACGCGUCACCCCCUCCGGCCUCCCCACAAGGGUGGGGCUUCCGGGGCAGCUCCCAGAGGCUAGAAGGCCAGUUCGGGAGUUUCCUCGGCGCCUCGAGGCACCCCCUGGGCAGCUGUCGUACGACAAGAAUUGAGCCGUCUUUGUCUCCGGUUCCGGCUCAACCCCUCAGACCACACCUGAGUUUAUGCUAAUGAGGCGCUGGAAACUCAGAUGGGCGUCUGGAUCACGUGGCUGUGCUGAUGGGCGGAGGGCUCGCCCAAGGGCCCUCCCGGACCUCACCUGUAGUCAUCGGGACCUGCUUUCCUGAGUUCCGUGAGCCAUUCUGGCGAACCAUGGAACUGGAGGGGGUGCCUGGAACCCCCAAAUUUGUAGCCAGUUGGUCAGAAGCACGAGGGGCCUGGAACCCCCAAAGUGCAGCUGGUGUCCGGAGUGAGGACGGUCUUGUGGGGGCCGUGUCCUCAACCUGCAGGGUCUGCGCUGAGCCCGGAGUUGGUGUCAGAGUCGUACCGCUCACCCCAGCGCACUCGCCUUGGGCCCAGGCGCCCGGUCCGGAUCUGUCCUGCGACCACCCCCAGGUCUCAACAUGGCACCCCGGGGGCCUGGGGGCCACGCCCUAAGAGGAGGCAGUACCCCCAGCCUCACCGCGAGCGCGGGGAUGGGCCAGCUGCCCUAACGUCUCCCCCCGUCGCCGCUUCGUGUACGUUUGGGAAUGGACCAGUUGUAGUAGAUUUUGUUAUCGAAUAACACACGACGUUGAAAGCUCAAAUAUGGAAGCAAACAAAAAUAUAGACUCCGAUAAAUGAAAAUACCCCCAGUGUCCCCAUGGGCUGUCGCCGUGCCCUGGAAGAGGUGCCCUUUUCAGGGGAGAAGGAGGAAGCCGGCCCGGUUCCCGCAGGGAAGGCGGGGAUUCCGCACCCGCCCCCAACCCUCCCCCUGCCCCCUCCUGCUCUGUGCCCUGAGGGGCCAUCGCACUGGCUGCCCCCAGGAUCCUCCUCUGGCUCCCGGGUGGGCCGAUGUGGGCACCUUCAGAAGGCAGAGGGUCGGCAGAAAGCGAGGGGUCAUGCCUGGGUCACCGUGGGUGCAGGGUCCUCGCCCGCUGUCACAGCCCCAGGCAUCCGCCUGCCUCCCGGUUCUGGGACCGCCCCUCCCCUGCCCUCCCUCUGGGGGCUCUCAGCUCUCGAUAACCAACCCCAUGUGAGGAACCAGCGGUGCCUCAUCCCUCGGCCCCAGCUCGCAGCCAGUGCCCGCAGGAAGUGUCCUCAGAUGACUGGGACUGUGUCCCGCCGGGAACACGGAGGGGGCCCAGAAAGCAGCCUACACCCCGCGGGAGCAGCCGCCGUCCGCCCAGCACUGAGGCUCAUGGUGGGGAAGCCCGGGUGGUUCUGGUCCGACCAGGCUGGGGUGACAGGGGGCAGGCCCGCAAAGGUCACUGAGGACAGAGGGCAGAGGGCAGGUACCCUAGGCUGGCAGACCCUCUGUGCGGCGGGGACGGGGAGGCCCCUCCUCCAUCGUGGGCCUGGGGUCUCCCCAGUGUCAGACGUGGGAGACCCGCCUCAUGGGCCGACAGCAGCAAACGCUGGAGAGGCCGGGAUACCUGCACCCCGGUGUCUCAGGUUGUCACAGGACCAGGAGAUGGCGAAGGUGUUACCAGGGCAACACGGGCCCUCCAGCCUCUCUCAGAUGCUCCAGAGAGGAGUUUCUCAACGUCUGGUCCAGUCCCACCUGCCUCUCAGUCACUGAGCAUUUGUUAAAGUGCGGAUCGUUGGUGCUGAGGAAACCCCCUGCCCCACACGACUUAGAUAAGUCCGCGCUUCCUCACGACCCCCGUAGGACUCGCAGAAGAUGCCCCUUUUUUUUUUCUAGAAGAUGCCCUUUUACACACAGGCCCUCCAAUGUCCCGUUGUUUGUCUUGUGAAGGGUGAGCUGAGAUUAGAAUUGUCCCUGUGAAACCAGCUGGACACAGAGACAAACAUUUCCGUUCAGCGAACUGAGCCGUCUCUCAAUGGCCCUGCCUGUAAAGCCCAAGGCAGGCCCCCUCCGCAGAGAAGCUCUGAUCUUGGGCGUCCCCUUCCCUUAGCAGCCUGAAUAAAAUCAAUCUCCACUCUCGUUUGUUUUGUCCCCGCAGCUCCCACCCUGGGCCCAGGAGUCACCGGCACCCUUGGGCGAUUCCUACGGGGUCAAGUUUGAGCAGCUCAGCCCUAGAGGCAGCAGCAUCAGAGCAUCUCGAGGGCUGCAUGGUCCGACCUCAGACAGACACUGUGCACAGCCAGGGACCCAGACUUCUAUGCUCACCAGGUCCUGCCCAUGCAGCCUUUUAUUGGUUUGCCAUCAUCACCCCUGCUGACAACGAGUGAUCUCCCUGGGAGGAUCCCAAGAACUGUGGUGGCUGCCAGGCGCUUUGGCACAGAAUUCCUCUCUGAGUCGGAGCCCGAGGCCAUUAGCGCGGGGGAACAGCUGCGAGGGCCACACCUCCUCGAGUCAUUUGAAAAUUUUAUGACGAAUAAAAACGAUCCAUGACACAGA